CUCCAGCGACGCACCGCCCUCCCGGAGCUUUAUGAAGCUUGUCGCGAUCCCUUAAAUGCUUGCCGCUGCCUGUCCUACUGCGAAAUCGGCAUGAGAUGAACGGCACUCCUCGCCCUCGCUACGGCGCAUUUCCCCAAACCCCAGAAACAGCUCCGCGCGCGCAUCAUGACGCCCCAGCCAACGCUCCGAGGGUGCGCACUCACCUGGCUGAGAUGCCAAAGGUGACACCCGACCGCGAUCCCAACGCGCCCCUCAUCUCCACCGACAUCAUCCCCGCUCCGACGCAGCGAUUGUACGCCGUCUUCUUUUACGGCGCGCUGCUGGCAUGGCGAUCUUACGACUGGUUAAACCUGCUCAACGAUGAGACGGAUUCCCUGUGGCUCUUUAUGAAAUGGGUGGUGAUAGAUGCCAUCUUUUUGUUCGGCCUGCCGGGUUUGAGGAUACCGUGGUUGGAAUGGUCGACACCUGUCAUGGUCUUUUUAUUCUUGGUGCAUGCCAUGGUGGAUGGCAUGUUGAUGUUCAGGAUUGGCAUACCUAUCGGCGUUUGGAUUACCGGCAUCUUCAAGCUUGUGUAUGACCGCGAGCUGGCCAUCGAGGAACAUAACGUCGACCCAUGGAGUGUUCUGCACAAUGAAUCCCUCAUUUUGGGUAAACAAAUUGUUCACAUUCUUCCAGAAGGCUCUGCGCUUCUCAACCCAGAAAAGGAAUCUUUCUGUCUGGGCGCAGGAAAGAAGGAAAUCCAGAUUCCCAUCCAGAUCAACCAGACCACGCCCAUGCUCAUCGAGCUCCUUCGCAUCGACGUCGACAGCGGCAAGAACGAAACAGUUUCGAUAUCGGCAUCGAACGUCAAGAAGCUGAUGAAGAACGCGAGAAGGAACCAGAAGUCAACGAGUGAUGAUGAUCCUCUUUUACUGGAAUACUCGGUCAAAAAGACAGGAAUGUACAGGCUGAACAGGGUCAUUGACGAGUCUAAGCUGGAGGUUCAGACGCGAGGACCGGAUGUGAUGAUCGUUUCUUGUCCUGAGGCACGCAUCAAGCCCAGUGGCCAAUCCCGCUGCAAAGGCGAGUCGGCUGAUAUUGGUCUCGUUGUUACUGGAACGCCUCCGCUGCAACUCAAAUACAGGAGGAUGGUCAAUGGCAAAGAGCGCGAGUCAAAGAGCGAAUUUCUCCAGCCAGACGACUUCAUAUCGCCGCUUUCUAGGGGAGGGUCCAAUGCGAUGGCCCGUACGAACUACUUCGACGUCUCUUGGGCUCGCUCGCAUUCCAUCGAGGUUGCUCUGCAAGACUCUUUGGCCCAGAGUGGUCUCUGGACUUACUAUGUGGACGAGGUCUCAGACGCCCUAGGAAACGUUAUCAGCUAUUCCACUCGUAUUGAGGAAGGCGAAGCACCGAAGCUCGACGAAAAGUUGCAGCGCGCUUUCUUCGUCCACGAGAGGCCCACAGUCGUCUUGGACGGUUGUGACUCCCAACACCCUCUCCAGGUGGCCAAGGGCCAGAAGGCUUCUCUUCCGAUACGCUUCUCCUCUACGAACAAGAAGGCUCUGACCGACUCUCCACACGUACUUGAGUACAUGUUUACUCCCGAAGAGUUCUUGAAUACGAACGGCGAGCACUCCGAGAAGAACCGUACCAUUACCGAGUCUCUUAAGACCACUGGACAAAAGUUGCAGAUCCAGAAGAGCGGUCUCUACACGCUAAAAACUGUUUCAACGGACACAUGCUCGGGAGAUGUGCAAGAGCCGGCCUCCUGCUUGCUGCUCAACCCUCCGGAGCCGGACCUUACGAUCAGCUCCGAGGAGAUCUAUGACAAGUGUGCCAAGAGGCCUCUUGGUCUGCGUGUCGGCUUAGAUCUGAUUGGUACGCCUCCAUUCAAGGUCAGCUAUACCAUGAAGAAGACGGGCGAGAAGAACGAGCGUGUCGGCCACAUCGACGUGCAAGGCCUCAGAGGCCAGCUCGACAUCAUGCCUCCCGAGGCAGGCCACUACACGUACUCGUUCAACACCAUCAGCGACCAGGUGUACAAGGGCUUGUCGCUCAAGAGAAGCGACCUGGUGCUCGAACAAGACGUCAAACCCUCUGCAUCCGCUCACUUCCUCUACCCGACUGGCAAGAAGGAAGCUUGUAUUGACGAGCCGGUGGAAUUCACCGUCAAGCUGCAGGGAGAGGGCCCCUUCACUUUAGAGUACGAGCUCAUCCACUCUGGCAGGCGCGAGAGGACAGUCACCGAGCAGAUCCACACCGAGACGUUUGUUAUCAAGACUCCCAAACUGGGAAGCGGUGGCGAGUACACUCUGGCUCUGGCAAGUGUCACGGACACUCUGGGCUGCAAGGAGUUCCUGAAGGAGGAGGCCAAGAUCAGUGUUCGUCACGAACGCCCGAAGGCGUACUUCGGCCAAGUCGAGGGCAAGCGCAGCCUGCGCACUUUGGAAGGCAAGAAGGUGCAGCUGCCAGUCAGGUUUACAGGAAAAGCACCCUGGGACGUCAAGUACCAGAACGUCGAGGACCCAAGCAGCGGUGUCAUGUCCAAGACGGCCAACAACGCCAACGACUUCCUCGGUAUUACAGGCAAGGGCUUGUACGAGCUCUUAGAAGUCAACGAUGCUAUUUGUCCUGGCUCGAUCGAUCAAGCAGCCAAGGAGUUUGAAGUCAGCUUGAUUCCUAGGCCGACCCUCUCCAUCCCGGAAACACCUUCGAUCAAGUUCGAUGGAAGGAAAUAUGUCAGGGACGAGAUUUGCGAGGGAGACGAAGACAGCGUGGAUGUCUCUCUUACCGGCACUCCGCCUUACGGCAUCAAGUACGAGCACCAUGCUCCGGGCUCCGGAUUCCGUUACAAGAGUAUCAACGCAGCCGUCAAUGUGGCCUCGAUCUCCAUGGACACAUCGAAGCCUGGCGAGCACCAGUACAAGUUCACCGAGCUGGCCGACAAUAACUACGACCACAACGCCAAGGUCUUCACACCACUGCUCAUCGAGCAGCGUGUCAACCCCCGGCCGACGGCCAAGUUCGCCAACCCGGGCAAGACAUACAGCUACUGCAUUUCGGAAACGGACGGCGAGGAGGUUAUCCCCAUCACCUUCACUGGUGUGGCGCCCUUCUACCUGGAAGUGGACCUCAAGCAUGCGGGAGCAUCCAAGCCCGAGACGCUCUCCUUCCCCAACAUCGAUUCGAACAAGUACGACCUGCGGAUCCCGCACCGGCACCUGCACCUCGGCGCGUCCUCGCUCUCGAUCCGCAAGGUGCGCGAUGGACGUGGAUGCCGCGACCGUCCCGGCGGGGCUGCCAUCCGCGAUGCUCCCCGCGUCCAGAUCACGGUGCACAACGCGCCGAGCAUCGCACAGCUGGACACGCGGACGGACUACUGCGUGGGCGACCGCUUGGCGUACGCAUUGGCGGGCGCGGUGCCCUUCGAAGUCUUCUACACGUUCAACGGACAAGCUCGCAAGGCCAUGUCGCAAGGUACGACGUUCCGGCGUCUGGCCGAGAAGCCCGGUACAUUCGUCAUCACAGGCGUCAGCGACGCGGCGUCACAAUGCCGCGCGGCGACGCGCCUGGCAGCAGAGAUUCACGAGCUGCCGUCGGUCCGGGUGAGCAAGGGUCGCGAGACGCGCGUGGACAUCCACGAGGGCGGCGAGGCGGAGCUGCUGUUCGAGUUUGGCGGCUCCCCGCCGUUUGAGUUCACGUACACGCGUAGCACGAACGCCAGACCGGGCCGCAGGAGCCAGGUCCUGGAGACGAGGACGCUGACGAGCACGGAGUAUAGCUUGCGGAUUAAGGCGAGCGAGGAGGGCACAUACGAGGUGGUGAGCAUUAGGGACGCGUGGUGUAGCUUCUCGAAGGCGGGCGAGGGGCCGGCGGGUAAGGGCAAGGGACAGAAGGUCUUGACGUAUUGAGGGGGUUAGGGAGUGAGAGUGAGACGCAGCAGAGAGAGAGAGAGUGUGUGUGUGUGUGUGUGUGGGAGGCAUUUAUGGACGGCGUUUUUUUACAUUUUUCGUUUUUCGUGUGAGUGGAGCGUGGGUGGGUGGGUAGCGCUUUUUUGCUUUUCGCUUGGUUCGUAUGAGUGGAUGAAAAAAUUGGAGAGACCGGGGGGGAUGGAUGGAUAGAUAUCAGAUGUGACAAAAUGGAAGACUUGAGAUUAGAGUUGGUGUUUGGGAUGGGGUUGGCGCGGUGUGCGCUUUGCUGUAUGUGUAUACAUCUAUCUGUACAGAAACGUAGGUGUGGUCUUGUCGUUCGCCUUGUCUGAUUGGCUAACUAAGGCGUGGUUUUGGGCAAGUCGGCUG